GGGAGGUGCGUUGGCAAGCCACAUGCCUGAUGUUGGUCGCUGUGCGGUUGCUGCAUGACGGAGUCAGCCAUCGCAGCAGGGUCAGGUCUUCCGGGGCAGAUGUGUCCAUGUCUUGGGGAGGGCAUCCGUCGCCGUGAUUUUCCGGCGCCCCACAGAUCAUGUCCUGGUGCAGAGGCGGCCGUGAUUGGUGGGCAUUUUGGUGAGCGACCUGUUGUUGCCAAUACAUGUGCAGCUGCUCUUAUUGCUGUUGCAGCACUUGUUGUUGCUGGCAGCAUAGUUGCUGCUGCCAUUGCAAAUGCAUUUGCUGAAGAAGCUGCUGCUGUUGGAUCAGCCUCUGCUGGUAUUGCUGCUGGUGGUAUUGCGCCAGUUGGGCUUGCAGCAGAAUGUGGAGUUGCUCCUCACAUUGGCUGUUCUGCUGCUGUUGGAGUUCCUGGGUCUGGCUCUGUGCUUGACUCAUCAACUGCAACUAGACAUGGUGAUGAUGUUGGUGAUACUGCUGCUGCAAUUGUUGGUGACGUUGAUGUUGCAGUUGUUGGUGCACUAGUAGCUGCUGUUGCUGUUGGAGGUCUUGGAGCAGAGCAGUUUGGUGCUGAGCGGGAUCAGGUGGUUGCUGCUGCUGCUGCUGCUGGUGCAGAGGCACUUGCCCGUCUGGCUGUGUACCCAGGUGUUCUUGACUCACAUCCAUGCGCUGCGGCAGUUGGCGGUCACCGGGGUGCUGUAGCCCCUCCAACAUCCCCUGACCGAGUGGUUGGGGCUGGCGUUGUUCCUGUUCAGCGCUGGCCGUCAGCUGCUGCUGUAGGUGCACCGGCACCAUUCGGCUCUCAUGGCUACGUUGGCACUGAGCCCCCUGACCGAGUGAGUGGGCCUGGCAUUGUUCCUGUUCAGCGCUGGCCGUCAGCUGCUGCUGUAGUUGCACCGGCACCAUUCGGCUCUCAUGGCUAUGUUGGCAGUGAGCCCCAUAAGCAUGAGGUAACCGCUGUUGCGCAUCCGCCACUAGCUCAAAAUGUGGUUCGUGGUGAGGGUGGCACGCUCGGUCCUCGUGGUCCUGAGGCAGGACUGCAGCCAGGAGUUGGGGUUGAGGUUGCUGAAUACUGCAGCUGGCAGGCUGGACCUGGGGAUUUUGUUGAACCUGAGGCCAGUUUUGCUGUUGGAGCGGUACCCCAUCAGGUUUGUGAUCCUGUCGCCUAGGGGGCUGCUGCAAUUCGCAGUGUUGCAGCAGUCGUGGCGAGUGCUGCUGCGAGUGCAUUAUUGCCUGUUCCCCCCCCCCCUCUCCCUGCUCUCUCUACGGAUCGCAGCCGUGGGGCAGCUGGUCCGUAGACCGUUGUUUGGCGAGGGCCUGGUGUUGUUCCUGUUCGGCGCUGUCCGUCAGCUGCUGCUGUAGUUGCACCGGCACCAUUCGGCUCUCAUGGCUAUGUUGGCAGUGAGCCCCAUGAGCAUGAGGUAAGCGCUGAUGCGUAUCCGCCACUAGCUCCAAAUGUGGUUCGUGUGUCGCUUUACUUGUGAGUAAGAGGCAGGGGAGACGAUAGGACAGAAGACACAAGACACAAGCCAAGCGAGAGCUAACCGAGGGAGUGGAUAACAGAAGGAGUAAUGCAGAGCAAGCGAGGGUAGAACAGAAGGAGGGGAGCUCACAUGUGAUGAGGAUGGAUGUUAGGCAUCUCCGUGCUUGCAAGAGAAGCCCCCGAAUUUCGUGGUCCAUAUGCCCGGGGUUGGUGUUUGUGUAUGACCCAAAGAACAACAAAUCAGCCGUUACACG